AUUCGUGUUUGCAAACCCAAAGAGCACAAGCAAGGCGAUGUAAAUGUUUGAGGCACUCACACUCGUGACAGUCGACAAUAAGCAAGAGGGAAAACCGAAAGCGUUGAGAAUUUGCCGGUGGUCUCACACCUGCUUCAAAGAGGGAGUCGUUACAACUUCUUGCUUGAGACGGGAGCACCAGUGGCUGGGGUCAAGUCCCAGACGUUGACCCCCUCUCUCCCUCAAGACUGAGGAAUCCUGUUCAAUCACCUACAGCUCCUAGCAUGGCUGGUAAAUCCCAUCCACCUCUGAUGAAGAAGCACAGUCAGACAGACCUGGUGAGCCGGCUCAAGACGCGUAAGAUCCUGGGCGUGGGAGGCGAGGACGAUGAUGGAGAGGUGCAUCGGUCCAAGAUCAGUCAGAUGCUGGGGAACGAGAUCAAGUUUGGACUACGAGAGCCUGCGGGACUGAGGCCGUGGAUCCUCUUCUCCGCGGUGGUCUUCACAGCCGUGGCCCUCAUGGCCCUUACGGUCCCUAGUCAGCUGUAUGAAAUUGUGUUUGAAGAGGAGCAAACAGCCACGAGUCUCUCUGUACGUCUCUACGGAGGAGCCCUGCUCAGUCUCUCCCUCAUUAUGUGGAAUGGGCUGUACACCACUGAGAAGGUCAUUCUCCAGUGGACCCUGCUGAGCGAAGCCUGUUACUUUGCCAUCCAGUUUAUAGUGACCUCCAUCACUCUCAUAGAACUGGGCCUUUUCUCCAACUCAGCCAUUCUCCUCCUCCUCAGCCGUCUGCUCUUCCUCACGGUCACUCUGUCAUACUACUACAACCUGGGCCGCCGAAACAGGAAGAUGUGAGGAGCCCGAGGGUGGUCGGACUCACGCGCGGCGACAACGGACGUGCCAAACAUCGAGUUUACUUUCCCAUCAACCCCAGCUGCCGUCAGGAAAGAACACCUAAGCCUUGUUGGAAAUUACAUCACCACACACAUCACAGUUUUAAUGCCUUUUUACAAUAUUCUUUUUUGAAUAGGGAACAUCGCCACGUGUACACAGUAAAUAAGAAGUGUUGUUUUCUUUUUUGUUGUUGUUUGAUUUGUGGUGCAUCACCAUAAACAGUAUCUUGCCCUGUGAUGUUUCUGUCCAGGAUAUCACAAGAACUGCUGCUGAGCAUGACCUGAAAUGCUGCCAUUUCAGUAGUUGAGUUCAGUAUGAUUUUAGUGGGAUAGUUUGAUAGCUUGAUAUGUCUUAAUUACACAACCCUAUAUUCUCGCUAACACAGUAUAGACUUAACAAGGACAAUGAUAUUAACAAACAGCCUUUUCAGCUUUAGGAGGCUUUCUGCACUUGGGCCUUCUCAUUUGCAAAAGCCUCCUUGCUGCGCUCAGCCCCUCAGCCCAGCCGGGUACAUUUUUAAAUCCUCCACAAAAGAGUCCUCAAGUCACCUCCUCCCCUCAGACAGGACAGGACAGGACAGGAGUUCACAGGGCACACUACGCUAUCAGGGAAUAAGCAUUUGAGUAACCAUUAAAUUACUCAUAUGGGAAGAAAAUAAGGACAUUGUACUGAAUGACCAAAGUUAAAAGGCUACUAUUUACAUGAACACUACACGGUUUGCUCUAGACUAGAGUAACACACUACAUGUAUCUGCAUGCCGCAAUUUAUAUGAACUCUCUCUCUUUCUCUCUUGUAAUGUGAGAUUCGGUGGGUCGGUGUGCCGCCCUUGUCCCUGAUCUGUAGGUAGAGAAAACAAAAGAGCUUGACUCUUCCAAGUGAUUUGUGACCAGGCAUGUACAGUGUAGCAGACUGCUUUUGUUGAUCAGUUGUAGCACAGAUGUUUCCUUCUACUAUAGUGUUGCCUUAAAAACUUCCGAUAUAGCGACAGGACAUUCAGUCAUGAAUCAGUGUCUUCUUUCUAAUUCACAGUAGCCAUACUUACUGCCAAUAAUUGUGAUUAUUAUGAACUGUAAAUUGCACAAUUUAUCUUUUUUGGGGGAUAUUUUAUGAAUAUAAGCUUAUUUAUUUACACUAUUUAUGAGUGUGUCUUGAGUGUCUGGAGUCAUUUUGUAUUUUUGGUAUGACGUGAGAUGGGUAUAUCCCUUCCUUUUGUAGUGGACUACUGCAUGCAUAAGAUACAUGUUUAAGUAGCUUUUGUAGCAGACAUCUUUAAAAAAGGAAUGUGCCACACCUAAGGAGAGAUGAGAUUAAGCAUGUGAAAUGAUGAAUCACAAAAUGCCGCCCAGCUGUACACUAAUGUUGUUUAGAGCUAUCGAAAAAAAACUAUUCUGUGUGCAUUUUUGUUUUGUUUUUGUUUUUGACACAAGUAGUCGUUAUUUUGUAAGUGAGUGUAGGUUUGUGUGUGUGUGUGUGUGUGUUUGUCUGUGUGUGUGUGUAUGAGAGUGUGUUAAAAGAGCUUUGUGCAUAUUCCAGGAAGAACGUCAUUUGUCCACCUGUUUAUUUUUCAAUUUCAGUCGUUAUCAUUGUGAACAGUGUUCUUUAUAUGUCACAUAAGCACCCCUGACUGAUGUUUUGACCACUACAAAAUUUUUUUUAAAUGAACAAAUUCACUGAACCACAUGUAAUAGUAAUAUCUGGAGAUUAUAAGGCAACCUGUAAUGGACUGCAUGUAGUGCCCACAGAGCUGGUGCUGGAUUGGGUUUGUUUACAGAAAAGGUCCUCUGGCAAGAGGAUGCAUGGAAUAUUCCCAUGUGUUGCAAACACGGCUGGACACACAGAGGGGCAGAUUUGUUUAUGACUGCAGCAAGUGUGUAUGCGUGGGUUAGUAAAUCACAGUGUUCUGACUGUUUGUUUCCAACCAUGGUAACCCGAAGGACUCUGCUAUGGCUUGAAGUGCAUCAUAGAGGUUCUCUUGUGCCCAGUAAGGCAGUGUUGAAAUGUUUGGCAAAGCAAGUAUCCAGCAAAGGUUUUAACUCUGACAGGCGCUCUUGUGAGACAACAAUUUUCUUCUUUAUAAAGUUUAAUUAACCAUGGCCUUCUAACAUGUUUGUUCUGGCCAAGUGCAAAAUAUCUAACCAAUGGCAAUUAGAGUGCUGUGCACCAACAACUGCAUGUCCACAGUCGCUGAUUAGACGGAUUCACUGAAGCUGUUUUUUUUAAUUAUUUUUUUUCUUUAAAUUAGCUGUAUAGAAUAGUAGCUGAACUGGAACUCAUUUACCAGAACACCCUAAUGGACUCUGAUGCAUGUUCAGCUUGAUUGUCCAGACUGGUUAAGGGGAUCAACCACCAUCUUUUAUGUAGUUUCCUUUUGUAGUAAGAAGUACAAGCACAAAAGUAUACUCGUCAUUCAUUAUCAAACUGUUCUGAGCAACAAACCAAUUCUUGUCAUCAUCAUCAUCCAGGUUUCAUUAGGUCUACAGAGUAUCAGUACUGCCCAGGAAGCCCUUGUGUAAGGUGUGAAAUGUGUGUGUCAGUCAUUUGAUGACUACUUGUAUCACUACCACUUGAUAACUGUUAAUAACUGCACUACCACUUGAUAACUGUUAACUUGAUAACUGCAGCUUAACAGCGGUCUCUUCAUACCUACUUUACGUGUGUAAGGCUGUUCGAGAUAGUUUUGUUUGUUUUUAUCUGUGUAUGUGUAAAUAUUGUACAAAAGAGAAUGUGGUUGUCCUGAAAUAGUUUUCAAAUAAAGAUAUACAUGAUCACUUAA